AUGAAAGUGUUGCAUUCUGCUUUUCUUCAGGGUGACACAUUUACUGUCACAACUGAUGAUGGCCGAGUGCUGCUGCAUGUGCCAGCAGGUUUGAUUCGCACUGAUGAUGAAGAGUUUUUUAUUGAGCCGCUUGAGAGAGGCCAGCAAGAGGUGGAGGUCAAAGGUCGUGUCCAUGUAGUCUACAGAAGUUCGGCCAUCAAAAGAGACCGCGGUCGAGCAAAAGAUGACCUCCAGAACGAAGUGGCAAACUUCGGAAUCGCCGAGCUGCCAAACGCUCUCGACAUUGUGGAGGAGAAAUUAUCGGAAACAGAUCGCAAGCGCAGACAUGCAAAGAAAGACAACUACAACAUUGAGGUGCUGCUGGCUGUGGACGACUCAGUCGUGCGUUUCCACGGCAAAGAACACGUGCAGAACUACGUCUUAACGCUCAUGAAUAUAGUUGAUGAAAUCUACCACGAUGAAUCUCUGGGAACAAACAUCAACAUCGUGCUGGUGCGGAUGAUUUUGGUGGGAUAUCGUCAGUCUAUCAGUCUGAUUGAACGUGGGAAUCCGUCGCGAAGUCUGGAGCAGGUGUGUCGCUGGGCAAACACCCAGCAGAGACUCGACCCCGAUCACGCCGAGCAUCACGACCACGCCAUCUUCCUCACCAGGCAAGAUUUUGGUCCCGCAGGUUAUGCCCCGGUAACAGGCAUGUGUCACCCGCUGCGCAGCUGCACGCUCAACCAUGAAGACGGCUUCUCCUCUGCAUUUGUGGUGGCGCACGAGACCGGACAUGUGUUGGGUAUGGAGCAUGACGGUCAGGGGAACAGAUGUUCAGAUGAAACCAGUAUGGGCAGUAUAAUGGCUCCACUGGUGCAGGCUGCUUUUCACCGGUAUCACUUCCGCUGCAGCAAACAGGAACUCAACCGAUACAUCCACUCUUACGACUGUCUUAUGGACGAUCCGUUCGAGCUGAAAUGGCCCAAACUCACCGAGCUUCCUGGUAUCAACUACUCCAUGGACGAGCAGUGCCGCUUUGAUUUCGGUGUGGGCUAUAAGAUGUGCACCGCUUUCCGCACAUACGACCCGUGUAAGCAGUUAUGGUGCAGUCAUCCAGAUAAUCAAUACUUCUGUAAGACCAAGAAGGGUCCUCCGGUCGAUGGGACAGAGUGCGCUCCAGGCAAGUGGUGUUUUAAAGGUCAUUGCAUCUGGAGGUCGUCUCAGCAGCCGUACGGUCAUAAUGGAGGUUGGAGCUCUUGGGGAAAGUUCGGCUCCUGCUCACGCACCUGUGGAGGAGGCAUUCGGUCCCGCAACCGUCAGUGCAAUGACCCUGUUCCAGCGUAUGACGGUCGUGACUGUCCCGGGUCAACGAUUGAUUAUCAGUUGUGCAACACGGAAGAUUGUUCCGGUCCGUAUGAAGAUUUCAGAGCGCAACAGUGUGUGCAGCGCAGCAACAAAUACCACAACAACAUCAAACACACGUGGCUGCCGUACGAACACCCUGACGAGGCUCAUAAAUGUGAGUUGAGUUGUCGCUCUAAGGAAACGGGUGAGAUGGUGUUCAUGAAUCAAGUCAUGCAUGACGGGACGCGCUGCAGUUACUCUGAUCCAUUCAGUGUCUGCGCUCGAGGAGAAUGUCUGCAUGUUGGAUGUGAUAAGGAGGUGGGGUCGUAUAAACAGGAGGAUAAGUGCGGCGUAUGUGAAGGUGACAACUCGCACUGUCGCACCGUCAAACUCACUCUCACCAAAACACCGAAGAAGACAGGCUUGCUGAAAAUGUUUGAUAUUCGCGGCGCUCGACACAUCAUGAUUGAAGAGAACGAAACAUCGCCGCAUGUCAUCUCCAUUAAAAAUCAAGUCACAGGCAGUUUCAUCCUGAACGCUAAAGUUGAGGAACCCAAAUCCAAGAGCUUUAUUGAGAGCGGUUUGGAGUGGGAAUUGGUGGCAGAUGGGAAAGAAUCUGUGAAGUCCAUCGGGCCGCUCCAUGAGGGCAUCGUGGUGCUGGUCGUCCCGCGGGCCGAGGACACCAAGAUCAGUCUCAGUUACAAGUACAUCAUUCAUGAGGAUCUGCUGCCGAUCAUCACCAACAACAACGUGCUUCUCGCCGAACUGGACACGUAUGAGUGGGCGCUGAAGAGCUGGUCCCAGUGCUCCAAACCCUGCGGUGGAGGUGUGUGA